AUGUCUAUCAAUCUCGACGCACUCGAGCCCCAAAUCCGGGAGAUCCUCACUGCACCAGGAAUUGACCUGUCGACCAUUAGCGCGAGGCGUGUCCGCAAGCAACUCCUGGAGGUGGACACGUCCUUGACUGCUGAUUCCUUAAAGGAAAACAGAGAGAAGAUCGACGAACUUAUUGCAAACAUAUAUGAGCAAGUGAGCGCCGAGGCGAGCCGCGGCGGCUCGGACGAGGGGGAGUCAGGCAGCAGCGGAAAGCCUAAGAGGAAGCGGGCAAAGGUCGAAGACAUGGACGUUGAUGAUGGCGAGGAGGAGGGGGAGGAGGAAGAUGACGAUGAGACGCGUCCAGCCAAGGCCAAGAAAGGGCGGAAGAACAAGGCAUUAACGGAUGAGGAGUUGGCUCGACAAUUGUCCGAGGAAAUCAACAGCCGUUCUCGGAGCUCCAGAGCAACAAGUACGAGGGGAACGAGGGGAAAGGGCGGCGCGAAGCGAGGAGGCAAGCGUGGGGCGAAAAGCGCAGCUACAGUGGACUCGGACGGUGAGGGUGCUGGCGAGGAGGGCGAGGUCAAGAAGAAGCGGCGCGGCGGAGGCUUUACUAAGGAAUAUGUAUUGAGCGAACCUCUCGCUGCCGUCAUUCAUCAGGAAAAGCUGUCACGACCGCAAGUCGUGAAACAGUUAUGGGACUAUAUCAAGAGUAACAACUUGCAGAACCCUGAUUACAAGAAGGAAAUUCUUUGUGAUGAGAAGCUCAAGGCAGUCUUUAACGUCGAUAAGAUCGACAUGUUCAAGAUGAACAAGGUUUUGGGACAGCAUCUCUCAGCACCAGAACCCGAGUCAUAG